AUGGUGCGCACUACGACAGCGACUCAGACGAAAAAGAAGAAAAAGGUGAAAGCAUAUGCUGACCAGCCUCCCCGAGUCACGCCUGCGCGGAAGGCAAAAUCCAAAACAUCAUCGGAGGGAUCGUCUCGGUCGGCAGCCGUCGAGAAAUCACCGGUGAAGGGAAAGAAACGCCAGAAAAUAAAGACAUCGGACGAGUCAAAGAAGGGUAAAAAACGCCGGAGUGAGGAAGAAACAGAUGACUAUGUGCCUUCCAUACGAGAUCUGUUCAACCCUGCUCCAAGAAAUGAGGAUUACACAAUUGAAGACCUGCUUCCAGAUCUGUCUACAUCUUACGUCGGCCGAUUUGAAGCACCGUCACCACCAGCUCGACCGGAAAGAAGGACAUGGCCACGACAGCCUACUGACGAGCCUCUUGUCGAUCCUGACAACUUGCCUCCCGGCUGGAGCAUGACCGAACCAGAUCUCGACCAGAACGAUCUUGAUGCACAAAUCGAAAGAUGUGAAGUGAGAAUCGCCGAGAAUAUCAUGCCCCAUAUAUUCCAGCACAAGCUAGAGCAGCUGAAGAUGGAAAAGGCCGAAGAAGAUGUAUUGGUCGCGUCAGAGCCAGGAACUCAUAGCUGGGAUGUACUGAAACGCUUGGAGAUGCUGAGGGAGCUUGAAGUUGAACUCCGAAGCGAGGACAGAUUUGAUCAGCUUGCCAAUGUGCAGGCACUCCUCCAGGCCUACCGGCAAGGAAGACUCAAUUGGAACCAAGGAUUGGUCACUUACUGGUCCCGAGGUGUUCAAUUAUGCAAGCCGAGGCCAUUUUCUUGGGAUGAAUUCGAGGUUCUAAACAAGCAUCAUUCUGGUCGAACCGGGUUUUGGAUGGAAGGGUUGGUUGGGCCAUCACCCAGACGAUUGCUUAGUGCUAUCGUCUUAUUUGGAGGAGGAACCCCUCCCGCUAGUCACUUUACUCGCAAUUACGAGGUUGCCGUUCGCAUUCCUGGCAACAAUUGGUGGUCAGAGUUGAGGUUCUGUUAUGACACCGGGGCAGACAUCAUGACGCUGUAUCAGGGUGAUCUUCAGUUCCUCAUGGGCAAUUCACAGACUGAACCCACAUGCAUGGGGAUGGACAAGUUGACGUUUGCGAACAUGAGUUCCCAAUAUAUGCCAGUUGUGGAACUUGAAGUGAGUAUACUGGAUGUGCUCAGCCGCCGACGGAUGACGAAUUGGGUCAGAGUGCAAUGCCAGGUGUUUCGAGGGCAUUGUACCCCAACCGCUCCAAAUAACAAUGACGAUAUGGUUGUUAGCAAUGUACACUCUCAUCUUGUGAAUAAUUUGCCCAAUACCGAUGAUCAGCCACCACAGCCGAUUCCAUAUUACCGAGUUAAUCAUCCAUACCGAUGGGCCACUUUGAUGCCGCGUGGAAAAGCCCCAGGCCCAAAGGAGAGCGAAGUCCCAGCACCCGUUUUGACACAAGGCAAUAUGCCUGGAUUCGCAGGAGCCCAAAAAACACCAAACCCAGUACAACCGCCAGCCGGUGGCAACGGGCCGUGA